UGGUAACAACUCCGUGUAGCUGGUUACAAGGUGUCGGGCUUCCCUGAAUUUAAUUUUGUUGAAAAUAACAGUUGACUCUUCGUACAUUCUAACAUUAGUGUAUCUAAUGUAAACACAUUUUUUUUAUGUCAUCAGGGUUUUUUUUUAUUUUGUGAUUAACAACUGCUUGAAAAUGUCGAACCAAGACAGGUAUUCAAGGAACGAUAUUAGAAAAAUAAAAGACUGGGUGGAACUAUUAUUAUAGCAUGUGAUCACAAUUACCUCAUGGCGACCAGGCAUCUUGGAUAAAUAAAAAUUCAGGGGUAUAAUCUGUAGCAUAUUGUGGAUUUUAAAACUUUCGACACUUUUCCAUAAGAACGGGAGAAUUAAGGACGAUUUCUGAGCACCAUGGCUAACCUGUGGAGACUGUCCAUUUUAAUUCUGUUAAUAGCAGGGUGCUGUGAUGUUGCAGAAUCUGGGAGAAGGAUACGGAACAGACCUGGUCGUCAAAGGCAAGCUAAUCGAGCUAGGCAGUCUAGUCGUCGAGCAGCUUCUAGACAAGACCCACUUGUUCUGCUUGGUAAAAUUUCAGAAGCAUCUGGGAAAUUUUCAGUGGAUAUGUAUAAAAGACUGAGGCUUCAAAAUCCGAAUCUGAUAUUUUCUCCUAUAAGUAUCUUUAUUGCCCUUUCAAUGACUUCACUGGGUGCACGAGGGCCUUCUAAGUUCCAAAUCAACAGGACUCUAAGACAAUUUGCAAUGAGGAGAUUUUCUCACCAAGCUUCCAGAAUAUUAUUAUCAAAAUUACCAAGUUCCAAUGACAAUAUCACUUUUCAGUAUGCUAACGGAAUAUUCUUACGACCAGAAACGACCGUUCUUCCAUCGUUUAAGAGCAGGAUUAGGCGUUUCUACAACACAGAGGUGUUUAAUUUGAGCUCUUGGUAUCCAGAAAGAGACAUAAAUAAUUGGGUGGAACGAAAAACAAACGGACUUCUCAGCGAUUUCUUGUCUCCUGGAUCUAUUGGCGAUUCAUUCAUGAUGUGGAUCAUCAAUGCUGUGUUUUUUCGUGGAACUUGGGAAAAAUUAUUCGACCUUCGCAAAACAUCGAGACGCCCAUUCACAGGAGCUGGAGGUAACGCCGCUUAUGUGGAAAUGAUGGAAAUGAUAGAUUCAUUCCCUAGCAACCGUAUCGAGGAGUUACAAACAUCAGUUCUAGAACUGCCAUAUGUUGGUGGCAGAUAUAGUCUCUUUAUUUUCCUGCCAGACACAAGCAACGGACUAGAAAAUCUCGAGAAAAAUAUGACUUAUCGAACCUUGGAAACAACCAUGAAGAAUAUGCAAGAUCCUAGAGCCUUUUCAAUUGGCAUUCCCAAAUUUUAUAUGGACAAUUCCUUGGAUUUGGAAAGCAGUUUGAAGCAGAUGGGAAUCACCCGGAUAUUUGAUGUUAGGGAAGCCGAUUUGUCUGGAAUUGAAGGCGAUAACACGUUGUUUGUGGACAGUAUUAUUCAUAAAUCAGUUUUGGAAGUAAAUGAAUUUGGAACCAUUGCCACCACCGUGACACAAGUAACAAUCGCAGCCAAGUCUUUACCACCACAGUUCAUUGCAAACAGACCGUUUAUGUUUAUUGUUAGGGAUAAAAAGUAUGAUAUUAAUCUUUUUAUGGGUAGAUUUUCUUAUCCUUGAAGAUAAAUUUUGGUUUCAUCAUAAAUUUCUAUUUUUUUUUAUGUUUACGAGGGCAUAGAACAUUAAUUAUUUUAAAGAAAACGGUGAGUCCGAGAGCACAGAACAUUCAAAUGAAAUAUAGUUGCGCAAUUUGUUGUAUCAGUUUCUUAUCCCUUGAAUAAAAUUGACUCUUUUGAAAGUAAAUUUGUAUUUUUGGAGUACUAGACCUUGUUAAGGCAUGGGGCAAUUGAUUGUAAGUUAAAAACGAUCAUUAAGCUAUAAUAUUACUGUCCAGUUUCUCGGUUCUGGUGUAAAGAAUCCGUAACAGUAAUGAUUUUUAUAA